UUUAGCCACAAACGUGUUAACCAGCAACAGCAGCAGCAACAAUCCUCAAACAUGAAGUAUCUGUGCAUCUUUGUUUUAUUUGCCAUUUGCUUGGCCAAUUGUCUGGCGGCUAUUGCUGAGCCCGCAGUUGGAGCAGCGCCAGAUGUGGAGCUGGAUGGAGUUGUUGGCGAGAAGAAGACUGAGAAACGUGGAAUUUACGGAUUUGGUUACGGUCAUUACGGACAUGGCGGAUAUGGCGGCUAUGGAGGACAUGGCCAUGCUUAUGGCGGUUAUGGCGGUUACGGUCCUUAUUAUGGCGGCUAUGAAUAUGUGCAUCAUGCUGCUCCUUACUACGGACAUCACGGCGUAUAUCCGUAUCAUCACGGUCACUAUGGUUUCUAUUAAACAGUAAAAACCAAGGCCACAAGCAUCAUUCUAUCAUUUAAUCAUGCGUUUAAAAGCGGCAUUUUUUUUUUCUAUCAUACGCUUCAAA